AUGGCCAAAUUACUUACGUGUAUCGUGCUUGCUACUUUAAGUUUUACAUAUGUAAAAGCAGACACACCAACUUUAAAAUUUUACGAAGAGAAGGAUUUUCAUGAAGCCAACGAUUUGACAGACGAUGAUGUUAAGAACAUAGCAAAAAUGUCAGACCGGAAACACUUUAAGAAAGUAUUAAAUGAAAUACUCAUCCCGAGGGUAGUGGGCACCCCUAAUCAUGAGAAAGUGGGCAACUAUAUUGCUAAACAGAUGAGGGACUUGGGUUGGGACGUCACUGAGAAUGUGUUUUCGGAUAACACACCAGUGUUUGGGACGUUAAACUUCAAAAAUAUUAUUGCCAAGCUAAACCCUGAUGCAGAUAGAUAUUUGGUGCUUGCAUGUCACUAUGAUAGCAAAUAUACAAGGGAGCAUGUCUUUGUAGGCGCCACCGACUCGGCGGUGCCGUGCGCGAUGAUGAUCAACCUCGCGAAGGUGAUGUCGGGGCAGCUGGAAGCGCUGAAGGACAACCGGCUGAGCCUCAUGUUCAUAUUCUUCGACGGGGAGGAGGCGUUCAGGCAGUGGGGCCCGCGCGACUCCAUAUACGGGGCGCGCCACCUGGCGAAGAAAUGGCAGGGCACGCCCUACAAGGAUGGCGCCAACCACCUGCAGAGGAUGGACGUGCUGGUGCUGCUCGACCUGCUCGGCUGCCCGGACCCGGUAUUCUACAGCUACUUCAAGGCCACGGAGAAGUGGUACGUGCGGCUGGCGAGCGCCGAGCAGCGGCUGGCCGAGCUCGGCCAGCUCAGCGCGUACUCCGUCGGCAGAGAUGAGCAGACGUACUUCAGGCUGAAGAGCUCGGGCGCCCUCAUCGAGGACGACCACAUACCGUUCUUGAGAAGGAACGUCGACGUGGUCCACGUGAUACCGAACCCGUUCCCCCACGUGUGGCACACGGCCGACGACGACAUGUCCGCGCUCGACUUCAACACGAUCGACAACCUGAACAAAAUCAUCCGCGUGUUCGUCGCAGAGUACUUACAUCUGCACCCU